CUACGAUGUAUAUAUGUAUGUACAGAUUAGAACGAGUGAAUACUGGAGAAAUGUGCUUCGUAAUCAAUGGCUGUUAGUAUUCCAAGGAAUUGUAAUAGUGAUCGCAAUUCUCACUAUGGGAACGUGGAUAGGAUACUUGUGUAAAGAAGACAUCGUCAAUGAUAAUCCUAUUACACUGUGGCGUUCAAUUGUUGAGCGAAUACAAGAAACUAUCAUUGAUACAGGAACGGAAUUACGACCGUGUUAUCGCACCAAAGCGGAUACGCAACAAAAGAGAAGAGCGAGCCUUUUAAAACGAAAACGUACGAGUGGAUAA